AUGCAGAAGUGCGCACGUGAAGAAUGUGGGAAGACAGUGUAUCCGAUGGAGGAGCUGAAAUGCUUGGACAAGAUCUGGCACAAAGGCUGCUUCAAGUGCACCAGCUGUGGCAUGACAUUGAACAUGAAGAACUACAAAGGCUACAAUAAGAUGCCAUAUUGUGAUCCGUGAGUUUACAUUACAUAGGUUUAUCAAUGGUUCUGAAUAUGUACUUGAUUUUUGAAUGUAGUAUGGAUAUUAUAAUGACAGUAAGAGUUUAAGGUAGAGUAAUUUCAGACAUUACCCAAAAACUGUGGCUACGGCCGUUGUGGACACUCCAGAUAUGCAAAGGGUAGCACAGAACACAAAAUUACAAAGUCAAGUAUGUUUAACACAUUUACACAAGCUUUUUUUAUUUAACUUAUAAUGAUAAUGUCAUUUCCAACACCAAAUAUAUUCUUUUGCAACUUCAAAUUCUCCUUCUAGGUAGCCUACCAUCUCGAAUACGAAAAGUCGAAAGGACAGAAGAUCGACAUUGUUGAUGACCCUGAACUCCAACGACACAAACAGAACACCAACAACGCCUCUCAAGUACAAUAUACCGGAGAGAUUGGGAAAAAGCAGAAGCAAGAGUUGGUUCGACCAAAAGAAGAUCCAAAUGCACCUAGUAAGUUGAACUUUCCUGUUAAGGUUACUAUCUAUGACAUGUCCGUAUGGGGCAACUUUACCGCUUGCUAACACUGUCGAUCUUUCCUUGUACUGUACAGUACACUUGCUUGUUAUUAGUAUGACAAAGGGCUUUUGAUACCAAUUUGAUUAGACUUCUAUUCAAGUUUUGGCUUGGUAUGUCUCUUCGUAAUACUACGUUGUUAACAGACUUGUCCGGUGUCUUUUUCGCUUUAUGUUUCAUGGUGCUAGUAUUAUGUAUACUUCUAGAUAUAACAUUUCAUUUUAUAUAUUCUUUUUAUGCUUUAGUAAUAGUUUUUCAAAGUUUGGUCAUAAAACCUCAAAAGUGCUUUAAUCUUUUAUACCUCUGCUGUUUAAUUUCACUAUAAUAGUACCUCUUGCUCUAAAAUUCUGUUCACAAUAAGCUUUAAAUAGUGUAUUCUUUUUAAAAGUAAUGACCUGCUUGUAAAGCAAUGGUUUGUACUUUAAAAACGCUAAAAUACUGCACAUUACCACAUUGAUCUACCUCGCACUUUUUUCGCUUUAAUUGUACUGCUUUCACUGAAUAAAACCGUUGUAAACUCUAUCUUGUAGUGUUAUAUACAUCUGAUUAUGCCCAAUUUUACUCCGAAAACGAAACAGACGAAGGCUGUUUCUCGGACGAACACUGUGACCAAGGGAACACAGUAAGAAGUUCUCCUCCCAACUCUACCUGUUCUUCGUUAAGUCGUCCAAUUGAUCCUAAUGCAGUGAGUGGGACUUGUAUUCUAAUUAGUGUUUACUAGUGUGAAUUUUGAAUAUAUUUCGAACUAAUCCAUAAAGACUUUUACAGGUUUAAUUUUAAACUAAUGUAACAUGUUGUUUUACUUUUUAAAAUAGUUUUGAAUGUUAGUUUUUCCAACAUGUAGUAAUAUAAAUAACAAUCAAAAACCUUAUUUAAUACGCCUUGAAUUUGCAGUUCGUGUAUGUUAACCAUCAUUUGACUGAGAAAGAAAGUUUUGCUACGACUGUUUGGAGUAGUCAUGAAGUGAUCAAACGCGGUAAUUUACAGUUUUAACAAUUUUUCAAACUGAAGUGAUUAACUCAUGUUUAAAUGUUAAAAAAAUAAAAAUUUCUUAAAACAUAAUUUAAAAAGCCACUCCGAAGGUGACAUAGCUAUUAUUACAGAAGAAGAACCAAAAAAGAUUGGCAGCAUCUCAGACUACGACCCAGUAAACGGUAACUAUGGCAGUCUAGGCGGGCAAAAAGGUAAAUAAAUAAAGUUAAAGAUACUUAUACAGACAUUUGUAAAAAUAAAUGAUAGUAAAGUACAUUUUUAAUAUAAAAUUUUUAGCAGAACCAGCAGCCGCAGCAGCGUCAACAACAGCAUCAUCCGGAGGCGAAAAGAAAGUCAAAAAAGUGAAAAAAUCAACCAAAAAUGCUGGAUUUUCAGUAAAAUGUCUGUACGACUACAAAGCGGCCGACGCUGAUGAGGUAAACAUUUUUCAUCGAACAUUUAAUUUCUAAAUUACCAAGAAAUCUGCAUAGACAAAGCCAACCCUCAACCUACGCAUACAUAGUUACAAAAAAUAAAACCAUCAGAAAAACCCUAAACUAACCCACCAAUUUUUCAGAUUUCGUUUAAAGAAGGCGAUGUCAUCGUGAACUGCCAAUCGGUGGACGAGGGAUGGAUGACCGGAACCCAUCAAAAGUCAUUGGCCCAUGGUAUGUUACCAGCCAACUAUGUGGAGAAGAUUACUGCAAUGACCGGCGCUUACAAACUUUCCUAA